CUGGUCACAUGACGAGGAACCCCUCUAACAGAACCUCCUUCUCAGCCUAACAUAUCUCUAACAGCCUGCUGCCCCUUGCACUUUCCAGGGUCCACGCUCGUGAUUCUCAAUGGAGAGUGAAAGCCUAGAUUCAUAAUGAAAACCAGCCCCCGUCGGCCACUGAUUCUCAAAAGACGGAGGCUGCCCCUUCCUGUCCAAAAUGCCCCGGCUGAAACAUCAGAAGAGGAGCCUAAGAGGCCCCCUGCCCAACAGGAGCCUGGUCGAGCACAGGCCUCCGAGGAGGUGGCAGAGUCCAACCCUUGCAAGUUUCCAGCUGGGAUCAAGAUUAUUAACCAUCCCACCAUGCCCAACACCCAAGUGGUGGCCGUCCCCAACAAUGCCAACAUCCAGAACAUCAUCACAGCACUGACGGCCAAGGGAAAGGAGAGUGGCAGCAGUGGGCCCAACAAAUUCAUCCUCAUCAGCUGUGGGGGAGCCCCCACCCACCCUCCAGGGCCCCAGCCUCAAGCCCAAACCAGCAACGCGCCCAAGAGGACAGAAGUGAUCACCGAGACCCUGGGGCCAAAGUCUGCAGUUCCGAAUGUGGAUCUUCCGAGGCCACCUGGAGCCCUUCCUGGGCGGAGAUGGGAAAGCUGUGCUGGCGGUGAGGCAGCAGGCUGCACUCUAGACAACAGCUUGACCAACAUCCAGUGGCUUGGGAAGAUGACUUCUGAUGGGCUGGGCUCCUGCAGCAUCAAGCAAGAGAUGGAGGAAAAGGAGAACCGUCACCUGGAGCAGAGUCAGGCCAAGAACCCUCAGGUGGAGGGGCCCCCGGGAGCAUCGACGUCCUGGCAGGACUCUGUGUCUGAGCGGCCACCGUACUCUUACAUGGCCAUGAUCCAAUUCGCCAUCAACAGCACGGAGAGGAAGCGCAUGACCUUGAAAGACAUCUAUACUUGGAUUGAGGACCACUUCCCCUAUUUUAAGCACAUAGCCAAGCCAGGCUGGAAGAAUUCCAUUCGCCACAACCUCUCUCUUCACGACAUGUUUGUCCGUGAGACGUCUGCCAAUGGCAAGGUCUCCUUCUGGACCAUUCACCCCAGUGCCAAUCGCUACUUGACGCUGGACCAGGUGUUUAAGCCACUGGACCCAGGGUCUCCACAGUCUCCCGGGCACUCGGAAUCACAGCAGCAGAAACGACCCAACCCUGAGCUCCGCCGGAACGUGACCAUCAAAACUGAGCUCCCACUGGGCGCACGGCGGAGGAUGAAGCCGCUGCUGCCACGGGUCAGCUCAUACCUGGUGCCCAUCCAGUUCCCGGUGAACCAGCCCCUCGUGCUGCAGCCCUCGGUCAAGGUGCCGUUGCCCCUGGCAGCCUCCCUCAUGAGCUCGGAGCUCGCCCGGCAUGGCAAGCGAGUCCGCAUCGCGCCCAAGGUGCUGGGGGCGGACGACGGGGCGGCCCCCCUGCCCGCUGCAGGACCAGUGAAAGAGGAGAAACUCCCGCUCAGAGAGGGGCUGUCUCCUCUGCUUCCGGUCCAGCCCAUCAAGGAGGAAGAAAUCCAGCCUGGGGAGGAAGCACCACACUUAGGGAGGCCCAUCAAAGUCGAGAGCCCACCCUUGGAAGAAUGGCCCUCGCCUUGCCCGUCUGUCAAGGAGGAAUCGCCCCACUCCCCCACCCCCAGGCCCAAGAAGCCCUACAGUGGGCUCCGGUCGCCAGCCCGCUGCGUCUCCGACAUGCUCGUGAUUAAACGGCGGGAGAGGCGGGAGAUGAGCCGGUCUCGAAGGAAACAGCACUUGCGGCCGCCCUGUCUGGACGAGCCGGAGCUGCUCUUCUCCGAGGGCCCUGGGGCUUCCCGACAAGCUGCGGACCUCGCUGCCCCCCUGGAGGCCUCGCAGCCUGGCCCCCAGCUUGGCUGCUCCCAGGAGGAGAGAGGACCUUUUAAGACACCCAUUAAGGAGACGCUGCCCAUCUCCUCCACCCCGAGCAAAUCUGUCCUCCCCACGACCCCUGAGUCCUGGGCGCUCACACCCCCAGCCAAAGUGGGGGGGCUCGAUUUCAGCCCAGUUCGAACCCCCCAGGGUGCCUUUGGCCCCCUGCCUGACUCCCUGGAGCUGACAGAUCUUACCACCACCCCGCUGAAAAGCAUCCCCCUCUUUGACUCGCCCCAAGAGCUCCUCAAUUCUGAGCCCUUUGACCUUACCUCUGACCCCUUCAGCAGCUGUUCCCCCUCAGAGAUGGAAGUCCCCAAGCUCGGCUCCACCGAGCCGCAGGUCGCCAGCCUCUCUGCCAACCGGUCUCUGACAGAAGGCCUGGUGCUGGACACGAUGAAUGACAGCCUCAGCAAGAUCCUGCUGGACAUCAGCUUCCCCGGCCUGGACGAGGACCCGCUGGGCCCCGACGGCAUCAGCUGGGCUCAGUUCAUCCCCGAGCUGCGGUAGAGACAGGGCCUACCUCUCGCCGCUCCAGCUGUCCGCUCCCGGCACAUACGUGGCUGGCCCCUCUAGCUUCUAGUGAGGACAGCAAGCAGGGAGCUGCCGCCCCUCCAGCCCCACCUUACCCAGCGACGCCAAGGCAGAUGUCACGCCGGAAUCGCCACUGGGCCUUCUGCCAGCAGCAAGGUCCCGGUAACCGGUCUCUGCGCCACCCGCAGACCCAGAGAGAAUCCGACUCCUCACUCCCUGUUCGGAGCUGAGGCUGAGAACAGCAAAAACAAGGGUGAAGAGAGAGGAGGAGCCCCCUAGACUUUGCACCUGUGCCCGGCAGCCUCCCACCUUCCCUGCUCCGUGCAGGGCCGCCCUUGUAAAUAGUGUAUAUGUUCCGAAUUAUCCUCUAAUUAUAAACGUCCGCCUGUCUCCUUA